UUUGCGACAAAAACAAAGAAGAAGAGCACCGCGCUUCGCUAUUGACUGCUGACGCUCCAUAUAACUUCGGCUGUGGCAAGGGCAACAGUGGGAGUCCUGAUUCCAAAUAUGAGCCCAAAGAAGUCGGGCACAGGAAAGGACGUCCGCUCUACAGAGCAGCAAAAGAUAAAGGACGACAACCCGAAAGACGCUCCAAGGAAUUCGCAAACAAAAUCCAAGAGCGGUGGUCCGAAGAAUUCCCACAAGAAUUCCAAGAACGAUGCACCAAAACAUUCCACAAAGAAUGUGGCGAAAGUUGCCCCUAAGGAUUCUCUCGCGCAAUCCCCGAAACAUGCUCCUAAGAACUUCCACAAGGAUGUUCAUAAUGACGCCCAAAAUAAUGUCCAGAAGAAUACCCCCAAGGAUUCCCAUCAGGAUGGCGAGGUGGAUGUACCCAAGGAUGUCAACCAGUAUGGUGAAAGACUGGCUGACAAAGACAACCACAGAGAUGUCCCUCAUGAACACUACGACCAUGCAGCCGCUACCACCAGGGGCACACAUCACGCUUCCGGAAGCCGCCAGUCUAGUGCGGACAUAUUGAGGGAGAUCAUACGUCGCCAGCUGGCAGAUGAGGGAUACGUACCCAUCACAGCCUUGCCGGGGAAUCAACCAAGACUCCCUGCACCGGGGCAAGCGCAGCAGUUGUACGCUCCACUGGGUUCAUCCAGCGUCGUUCCGGCUGGUCCAUCCCGCUUUCCGGAUUACCACGGCAUGAGCACGGCACCUACGUCCACGCGCAACAUGGGCUUCGGGAACUGCAGCUGCCACCCUGCCUGUACCUGUCAAAAGCCGUGUCCGUGCGAGCCUUCGCCUUGCCCUUGCAAGGGACCGAGCGUGAGCGGUAUUCACAGCGCCGGUUCGGGGACCAUAAUCUCCUCGGUGAUGCCCAUCCCGGUUCCUUAUCCCAUGCCUGGCUACGAUGGUGGUGCCGGUGGUUCUGGCAACAUCGCCAACGCAGGAUCCAAUGAGCCGAUUAUCAUCAACCCGUAUCCGCCCUCCACGAGUUCCGCGCCGGCCCAGCCUACGGCUCCAGCCAAUCCCGCCCCCAUCACCGUUCACGACAUCGUUUCCCUGAUGACGUCGCACAUGAUGAAGAACAUCCGGGACGACCUUCUGAGACGAUGGGGUUUGCCGGUUCCCGAUGAAGCGACCAGGGCUACUGCUGCCCCGCCAGUAGCGGUGCCAGGCCCAUCACUUCAAGCUCCUCCAGCACCAACCAUGGCGCUGCCGUACACAAUGCAACAGCCCACUUCCUUCGUGCCGUUUGUCGGACCGACGCCGCCGUACCCCACCCAACCGCUGACCCGUGUGGCCAACGAACCGAGGGCUCCCUCAGCACCAGCUUCGCGGCGUCGACAUCACACUGCGGCAACCACGCACAAGCACACGGCGUCAGCACGGCCGGACACGAUAGCCCGUAUUGAGGAUUUGGAGGAGCUGAGUGACAGCCUGGAAACGCAAGAAGUUUCCAUGGCGACUGGAAGCAAAACGUCAAGCAAGGGACCACGGAGGAAAGGUGGCAUGCGCGGUCGGAGGUAGGAAGAACUACGCGAGUGCGGAAGCCAUCCGAUGCUAUUUAGUCAGGUUGGUACACUGAAGAGCGAACGAAAAUGUUCAGUCUGGCUUCCAUGGUAGUGGCACGAGGACCGUUGCUUUUUCUCUCCGACUCACACGCACGCACAAGAAGGACAUUCGGGCCUAUCACUUGAAGGCAGAAAUUGCGAUGCUUUGCUGAAUUUUAUUUUUCGUAAUCUUGACUUACCAUUUCUCUACUGAAGCAUCAUUUGGUGCGUAAACAUUAUUAGUAGCGGAAUGUAACUGUUUAAGUCAGUGCUUGCUAUUCGUCGUGUCAUUGUAUCUAUGUACGACUAGAGAGUUUUCACGCAGGAGAGGUUCAGUUUGGAGAAAGUUGUUUUCAUUUUA